CAGCAGCAUUGUUCACUGUCAGUCUUAUGUGGCACAAGGUGGUCGUUGCCGCUGCGGCCGCCGCCUCGGUGACGUCGGCGCACGUGCCAGACAUGAACGCGACGCAAGCCUUGAACUUGACGGCGUCCGAAAGCGACGUCCUCUUUCCCGCUGCAGAGGUGUUCCCAUAUGGACGUGAGCUGUUCAAGAAGUUCCUUAACGAGCUGAACAUGCACCACGUUGAAGGACACCCCCUGAGCACCCUCGAGUACAACGAGGCUGUGGAUGGUGUCGAAGACCUCAUUGAGGGUCGUUGGUCGUUCAAUCAUGCGUUCAAUGCGAAGGUGAAGCACGGCGUCUUAAAGUUGAUGAGCCGGAUGAGUCCCGAAGAGCUCGAGCAACUCUUGACGAUGUCGCGUAUGACCUGACCUUGGCCUUCCUCAAUGAAGAAAUCGACGACAUCGAAGUUGGUAAGGCAGUUCACACCUCUGCCCACGCAUUUGGAUUGACCACCGCAGCUGCUGGAGACUAUGUGUUGGUGUUAUGCGUGUUUGCGGGGUGCGUUGCAAUGAUCGCCGCCCUUCUCUCUGUCGUUGCGACCAGGCAGAGCCCUGCAUCACGACGUUCGUCGUCCGUAAUUACAGCUGAAGUCAUCUUGGCCGAGAUUGAAGAUGCCGAGAAGAUGUGUCUGCAGACAUCCUCUUCGCUGGGUGCCUAGUGUUUUCCGUUGGGACAACCAUGCCAGUCAUUGCCUGCGGAUUGUUACAUUCCCCUCGUGUGUUGUCCACUUUCAGCGCAGUCGUCGUCAGGCGUGGUGUCGGUCGGGCUGCAAAAGUCGCACUCGCUUGCCCUCGAUAACUCGACCAAUUUCGAGCAAGUCCAAUGGGUUGUCAACAACAACGCACCCAAGAGACAGGUGCGUGAGCUCGAAAGGGCUUGAAAUGGCUGUGCAAUGCCCCAUCAACACGAAUUGAACGGCCUAACGGACGCACCCCAUCUUCGCGGGUUCCUGACGCUGUGCUGGUGCUCACCGAGACAGCCACAUCCCACGCGAUCGCACUCAACAUCACUGAGCUUGAAAAGACCACACAAUACUUGAUGCGCGCCAGAUGAUUCCCCAUGAGGAUGGCAUGGACCUGCGACCCCUAUGGGAAUCUGACAUUCAAAUGACAUGGUGACGUGCGCAGCCACCACGG